UCCCGCCGUUCCCCGCGGCAGGCUCACUUCCGGCGCGGCCGUUAAGAUGGCGACGCCCAUGCACCGGCUGAUUGCCCGCAGACAGGCGGAGGCCAACAAGCAGCAUGUGAGGUGUCAGAAGUGUUUAGAGUUUGGCCACUGGACAUAUGAAUGUAAAGGGAAGAGAAAAUACCUGCACAGGCCUUCCAGGACAGCUCAGCUAGCCAAAAUCCUUAAGGAGAAAGAAAAGCAGCUCCUGCUGCAGCAGAGCUCUGGAGAAAGUGCUGCAGAAAAGAAGACCAAGAAAAAAAGGUCCAAGAGUGUGACCAGUUCCAGCAGCAGCAGCAGUGACAGCUCAGCCAGCGACUCCUCCUCCGACAGCGAGGACUCCUCUUCCUCCUCCUCCUCCUCCUCAGACAGUGACAGUGAGGACAGCAACUCCUCCUCCUCCUCCUCCCCCUCCUCCAGCAGCUCUUCCUCCUCCUCUGACUUCGAGUCAGAUUCCAGCUCCUCCAGCAGCAGCAGCAGCACAGACAGCAGCUCCGAGGAUGAGCCCCCAAAGAAGAAGAAGAAGAAAUAGCUGGGGAGGAGCAGGACUGGUGUGGAGUGAGUGACACUGCCCUGCCAGGGGCUGGACACACUGCUGCCAAACACUCAAUGGUCAACAUUUCUACUGCUCCCAUUUCUAAGUGUUCUGCCUAGUUGUUCAUAAGACAUGGAAGGUAUUAAAUGGCACGUUAGACUUACUGAGAGAGUAUUUUUGUGGUUUAUCCUUUUAUGGAAGAUUUUACUUUUUUAGCUCCCAAAAAAAAAGAAAAAAAAAUUAUCAUCAGAUUUGUUUAUGAGAGCUAAAGUCCAGUAGCAGCUGAACCUGGAUGUUUACAUGCUGGAAAGCAAAAGCUUCUUUUUUUGUUGCAGAUUAUGCUGUGCAUCAUGUGCUGUUCCUCUGUUAAUGACAGCUUCACUUCCAUUGAGAAAAAUCCUCUAAACUGUUAAAAGCAGAAGUUUUUCAGUGCUGCUGUGGAGCUGUGGCAUUGUUGGACCUGAAUGCACACCGUGUCCCACACAGCCUCCCAUCUCACUGGUGACAGGCUCUGUGCUGCUGAGCUUGUGUUCCAGUGGCUUUUCCUGAUGCUUCCAGGUCCAGUCUUAACUGCAGCACCCAGCUGAGCUGUGUUGAUUUGUCCCUGCUCGGUGUUGUGCUUGUCCUGCCCACAGGCUCUGCCCUGUGUCCCUGGCUGCUGUGUUGGAGGUGUUUGUGAGACACAGGGUUGGUGUUGGAGAGCAGCAGCUCAGUGAAUCAGGGCUGCUGCUGCUUUAGGAGUUUCAUCUUUGUGCCUUUUUUUGUAAAUUCAGCGUACCCCAGAGACAAGGGCUGGGGUGGGUGUCCUGCAGAACUCCAUCCGAGCAUUCCCACCUGUAAUAGGGGCAGCAAAACCAGAGAAAUCGUGACAAACAGAGCUGGGCACUGCUCUCACUGGAUGCUCAGUGAAGAAGGGACUCCCUGAAGUAAAGGCCUCAAAGGGAAGUGCUCCCCUCUGGAUGUGUCUCCCAGCAGUGUGUGAAAUGCUGAUUGCCAGGCUGGGCUGGCACUCUGCAGGAACCCAGCCAUGCUUUAAACGUGGCACCGGCCCUGGAGGAGCACGUGAGUGCAAACCCCACAAACCCUGCAAAAGCAGAUCCAAACAUGCUGCAGAGCAGGGAUUGCUGGAUGCAGAGUGGGAAUUGUUUGGUUUGCUGGUGGAUUGGAGCAGUUGCUGGUAGUAUUUUACUUGGUGAUGCAGUCUCCUGAAUUUCUUAUUGUUGGAGUGCCCUUUUGGGGAGGGGGCAUCGCUUGUGGAAGAAUUCUCAAGUAUCUUGGUUUAGGUUAAAUACAGUAACUAAACUAUUUUUUAUAUUUUUAUGGAAAGAGUAGUGUGUAGAAUUUGGAAUAAACUGUACUUAUUUAAAUGUUUGAAAAUCCCCAUGUUGUGUGUCUGUCUGUGACACUCCUGUGUUUUACAGAACAUGCUGCAGGCUGUAAAUAAAAUACCAGAAAGGUGUUCAA